AUGAAAAUCUUGCUGACAAAACUGCCCUCACUGGGAUCUCAUUAUUCCAACCGUAACACUAUACAAAUAACCCCAUGUCACCCCUUGGGAACAUUUGCUCAUUCUUUGUUCUUUCUCGAAUUCGAUCUCCCUCGAAUCCCAUUGCUCGGACGAUCACCAGCGGCGCACCUAAGCUUCGACCUUACAGCUCAGUCUCAGGUCUCUGUCAGGUACUGGUAUUGCAUCAAUGUUGCUAAAGCCAUUCAUUUCAUUGGAGGGCAUAUCUAA